AUGCGGUGCUGGGCGCCGACAUGGCUCUCGACUGUGGUAUCGUUGAUAUCUCCAUGGUCAGGAGUCCUAGCAUAUAUCCCGCUGUCCGAUGAUACCCUUCAACAUGGUCUUCCUCGACCAGAUACUAGCGAUUUCGAUAUACGGACCGGCAACCUUCUAGCGCCCAUACUGAUCCCUCGAGUCCCCGGCACAGAAGGCUCCAGAAAAGUCCUCCAGCACUUCGUUGACUUCUUCCACACUCUGCCGGAGUGGUCCUUGUCUUUCCAGAAUUCGACCUCAAAGACACCCACCCACGGAGAUAGCGAGGUGCCGUUUGUGAAUCUCAUUGCCACUCGAGAUCCUCCGUGGUCGCAGUCAGGCAAUGUCGGGCGCUUGACCCUGGUAGCGCACUACGACUCAAAGUACCAGCCAGAUGGAUUCAUUGGUGCAACAGAUUCCGCGGCACCAUGUGCGAUGAUCAUGCACGCCAUCAGAUCUAUAGAUGCUGCUCUGACGAAGAAGUGGGCCACGAUGCAAGAGCAAGGGUUCACUGAUCCUGACUUCGAGGAACAAAAGGGGAUACAGGUGCUGUUUCUCGACGGCGAGGAGGCCUUUUUCAGCUGGACAGCGACCGACAGUAUAUAUGGAGCGAGAUCGCUUGCCGAAGAAUGGGAGCACACCAUGCACCCAGCCACGAGUAUCUACAAGAACUACCUUGAUUCUAUCGAGUUGUUUGUUCUCCUCGAUCUUCUCGGCUCCCCAGAAGACCUGCCGAUCCCUUCCUGGCAGCACACGUCUCAUUGGUCCUAUGUGAAAAUGGCCGAAGCCGAGCAACGACUUCGCAAAGUGGGCAUGUUCAGAAGCAACCCAUCACACACUUGGCUGCCGGAGAAGAAUAAAAGGGAGACUGAUAGAUUCAACAGCUAUGUCAUGCAAGACGACCAUAUCCCUUUCAUUGCCCGGGGAGUCCAAGUUUUGCAUCUCAUUCCUGGACGGUUUCCUUCCGUCUGGCAUACCAUGAACGAUGACGGCGAGCAUCUAGAUAUUCCCACUGUUGAAGACUGGGCUCUCCUUACUACUGUGUUUGCGGCAGAAUAUAUGGAGCUGGAGGGCUUCUUCGAGGGCUCGGCAACCAAACGUGUCAAAAGACAUGACGGUCAUACAAGUAAGGAUGAACUAUAG